UUUUCCCUGUCAGGCGUGUGGAUCCCGGGUAAUGAGGUGGGCAUCGCAAAUAACUUCACGUUUCUGGUCAACUCAAGCGCUGGGAGACACCUCAGCGAGGAAAACCACCUGACGAUAUUUCUUGCCUAUGCUGAUCAAACAGAUGGACUCGAAAGUCCGAAGAAGCGCUAUCUCACGUCCUCAGUAGCAUGGACUCCAGGUGACGAUAAAGACCCUGCCAGGGGGCAUGGCAAAAUCCAAAAAAUGAGCUUCCUAGUUCAGAAGGACGCAAUGAUCCACUGUGCUGUACUUCAAAGACCUUUCUCCGCAUCUACGGUCCAACGCGAGUGCUUCCGAUCCGAAACUGCCGAACCACGCAAAUGGCAGGUUAUUGACAUCGAUGUUGCCUUCAUUGACGCCUACAUAAAGACCAGCAGCAAGUUUCUGGGCGCUGGAUAUCAGAGACACAACUGGUUGGUUGGCGAUGAUUCAGGAGGCGGAGACUGGACUUUCCUUGGACCCUAUUCCUACAUGCAUAUCGCCAACAAUAUCUCCCACCUGAGUGACCGAAUCACGGCCUUUACUAUGUCCGGGCCGGAAGAACUUGUGGAUGGUCGCUGCAAACACUUAGCCGGGAAUUGGUCAGGUAAGUACCUGGGGACAGAACGUUUCUUCGAAGGUCCUUAA